AUGCCCUUUGGACUCUGCAACGCAGCGGCCACCUUCCAACGCCUCAUGCGAACAUCUCUAACUGGCCUUUUCCGAAAGCAUUACAUAAUCUAUCUUGACGACAUUCUCGUUUUUGGUGGAGAUAUUCAAGAGCACAAUGCUAACCUGAAACUAGUGUUGGACAGCCUACGGGAUGCAGAGUUAACCUUGAACAAGAAGAAGUGCCGUUUCCUGCAACGCUCGGUUACCUUCCUGGGACAUACAGUCUCGUCGAAUGGGAUGGCAGUCACCGAAGACCGGGCACAACAAAUGAGGACAAGGCCUACACCAACCAACCAAACGGAGCUCUGCAGUUUCCUAGGUCCGGAAAAUUGUUAUCGGCGCUUCGUAAAGGGUUUUGCUAAGGUCGUCAACCCGCUGCAUAAAUUAACUGAUCUCAAAGACACACACGACACCUGCCUGUCCGCAAGGCAACGACCAGGUGUAAAGAACGAAUCGCACCAUGAUCGGACUACUGAAGGCUUUCACUAA